UCUAUACGUGUACCUACAUGUAAACAUAAACAAGUAUAUAAUAUACGAGUGUAGCGUUGGGUCAGUCUACGGUUAUUUCAACGCAUAAUUCAAUUAGGAUACUAGUAUUCUGGAAUAAAUUUCUUUGAAAUGCAAAAUUUAGCCGGUCAUUUAUGGACUGUUGGACAACUUGUAACGACUGAAGUAGCAGUACAGAGUGUUAGCAUGGUGCAUUCUCUACAAACUUGGAGAAAGAACCGUAAUGCAAGUGAGGAAUUGUCACCCGACGAGGAAAUUCACAAUAUACUAAAUAUGUAUUCCGCCGAAGAGCUAGGACAUAAAGCAGAGAGGUAUUUAAUGAACCUACGAACUGAUAUACUAGAUAUCGCAGCAGAACACGACAAUGAUAUCAGAGUUCAGUUAUAUAUAUUCAGGAACUCACAUUCGUUUGGAUCUGGAAAGAACUGCAUUGUAAUUAACAUCACAGACUCAAACAUAAACAUGAAAAUAAAAUUAAACCAGCCGGCUACACCAAAGAAAAAGACAGAUCAAGGCGAAAGUCUUUCUGUUGUCAGAUGGGCCAACAAUACAAAAGACGUUGUGAAAAGACUAUCGCCUGUAAAAUUGAAUUUCUAGUGAUAUUUUUGUAGUGUUAUUGUUUAUAUUGUUAAUUUAAUAUAUUGUAUACAUGCAUCGUAUUGGUUAA